AUGGCCUUCUCUAACCUGUCUGCUUGCUCCAGCGACCUGAGCUACAGCAGCCGGAUCUGCCUGCCUGGAUCCUGUGACUCCUGCACCGGCUCCUCCUGGCAGGUGGACGACUGUCCAGAGAGUUGCUGCGAGCCCCCAUGCUGUGCCCCCAGCUGCUGCACCUCGGCCCCCUGCCUGACCCUCCUCUGCGCCCCAGUGAGCUGCGAGUCCCGCCCCUGCUGCCAGCCAGCCUGCAGCAGCUCCUGCCUAGCCUUGUGCUGCCAGCAGUCUAGCUGCCAGCCCUCCUGCUGCACCUCGUCCCCCUGCCAGCAGGCCUGCUGUGAGCCCAUCUGCUGCAGGCCCAUCUGCUAUACACCUGUCUGCUGCAGGCCUGCCUGCUGUGAGCCUGUCUGCUAUACACCUGUCUGCUGCACACCUGUCUGUUGCAGGCCCGUGUGCUGUGAGGCCUCCCCUUGCUCAGCCCCCUCAUCCUGCUGCAGACCCUCCUCCUCCAUCUGCUGCCGCCCGGCCUCCUCCGUGUCCCUCCUCUGCCACCCCGUGUGCCGCCCUGCCUGCUAUGUGCCCGCCUCCACCUGCCAGCCCAGCUGCUGCCGCCCGGCCUCCUCCGUGUCCCUGCUCUGCCGGCCCGCAUGCUCCCGCCCAGCCUGCUGCGUCCCUGCCUCGGCCCCGGAGCCCUGCUGCUGA